AAGUUAUAUUUAAAAAAAAAGGAAAAAAACUAACAAAUCUCGUAUAAAAUAAAUGACUGUAAAUGCUUGUGUUGGACUAAUAAAGUUUUGGAGAUUGAAUCAACCCUUCAAAAUGCAUUUCCCCAUAAUCACAUACGUCACCCCAAUUCAAUUGUAUUUUCGACACGCCUCCUUUCUUACGUCACACGGAAAUCAUGGCAGUUGCCCUGCGCCGGUUACACCAUGUUUCCCUCCACGUUUCUAACGGGCAGAGACUAGCUUAUGACCUUGUCUCCAAAUACAAGUUUAAUUUAUUUGCUACCAGGAUAACUCCCAGCGCGAGGCAGGUGGCUUUCAGAAACGGAGCGGCGAUAUUUGUUGUGAAUGAAAAACCAAACCUUAGCACUAAUGGACCGCUUGGUUUACCGGGUACAUGUUUAGACGACCCACGCGGGGUCCACGAUGGGAAAUACAACUCCUCCACGGCUGCUCUGUACGAUGUCAACCCCUUUCACCCGGUGGAUUCCGUCAGCAACGUGUGCUUCGAGGUGGAGGAUGUGGAAAGGUCAGCGAGGGUUCUCCACCAUCUGGGCUGCAGCUUCCUAGUUCCUCCUACCACAGUGGAGGAUGAGAACGGGCUGGUCACCUACUCGGUGGUUAAAUCGAUCGUGGGAAACGUGUGCCACACAUUAGUAGAUAAGACCAAAUAUGGGGGCGUCUUCCUGCCUGGAUUUGAUGUGGCUGAGAAGGACUGGAGCUCGGAAGGUGGUUCUGGUUCUGUCACUCAUUUUGAUCACAUCACCUAUGCCUGCCCCAGGAAAUCAACCCAGCAGGUGAUGAGCUGGUAUGAGAAGAUGUUUGGUUUCCAGAGGUUUUUCAUUGAUAGAAGUGAAGAUGUGGACGAAGGUUUUGUAGUCAACCAGAAAGGCGUUGGACUACGACUCACUGCCAUGCAGUACUGGAAGUGCAGUAAAGCCGGCAUCAGUGUCCCCUUUGCAGACAGAAAAGAGCCCGACUGCAAGUUUGUCAUUGCAGAAUCACUGCCUCAUCAAGGUCGUAACCAGGUUGACACCUUCCUGGAGCAGCAUAGAGCCGCUGGGAUCCAGCACAUUGCACUGUACACCAACAACAUCGUCUCCACUGCAAACCUGAUGGCUGCUGCUGGUGUGCAGUUCUUCUCCCCUCCUCCUGCAUACUACACUGAGGUGGGAAAACAGCUGGAAAUAGAGGAAGCGGGACACGACCCUCAGGUUCUGGCCCAACAUGGAAUUCUCCUGGAUACUGAUCUCCACUCGGAUCCACCAGCUCAGGAAGCAUCCAGGGAAAACAGGAGAUACCUUCUUCAGGUGUUCACCAAGCCCAUAUUUGCAGAGGACACCUUCUUCCUGGAGCUGAUAGAACGAAGAGGAGCGACGGGGUUCGGCGAGGGAAACAUCAAGGCGUUGUGGAGAUCCGUGCAGGCAUACAUGGAGAACGAGCUAGGCAAAGAAACCUGUGAGACGUUUGACCAAAGGCGGGAUUCACAAAGUGUGGGAUCAUCAGAAGCUUAGCAGACAGAUUCUUAGAGUUUUAUUUAUUACAUCAACUCUGCAUUUGUGGCAACAAAAUUAGAUUUUCUGGACAGAAUAUACAAACUUAUAUUAUUUAAGUGUUUUUGUCCUUGCUGAAACUAUCUGCACAAAAAAUGUUGCAUUUAGACUUAUAAUAUAUAUAAUAAAAAAACUCCUACUAAAGCUGCUAAUACCCAAUGUUUUCCAAAUAAAUAAAACAAGAAGAAGGAAUCGGUAAAAAAAAAAGAAAAAAAAAAAAGCCACAACACUUUAUUUUAAUUCUGCAUCUGAUUACAUCUGCACAAAACUACUAAUAGUUGAGAUGUUUAAAACUGCAAGCCAGACUUCAACAUGUGGGGAAGGUUUAUUCACUCCUGGAGGGGAACAAAGUGGUUUAUGCACUAAAAGCUCCUAAAAAUGUACGUAUUUGCAGCUCAGAGUUUGCUAUAUUGUCCUGGAAAAAUAAAAAAAACUUUUUUUGAACUCUG